AUGCUCGGCCAUACAGGCGCCCAGAUUACGACACUCAUCAGCAUUAUUUGCUUCUUCUCGAUAGUCAAUGGCUAUCCCCAGUUCCAGCGCGAGUUCAAGGAGCGGGAGAUCACAUCUCGUCAGGUCACUGAGGCAUAUGAUUAUAUUGUUGUUGGCGGUGGUCAGUCAGGUUUGGUAGUAGCCAACAGGCUGUCUGAAGACCCGGAUUCAACCGUGUUGGUCGUCGAAUAUGGCUAUUUUGACGAUGACGUGAAGGUCUUACAGCCACAGAGUGCAACCAGCUACCCGAGGAAGGACAUGUAUAACUUGACCUCAGUUCCUCAGACAGGAUUGGGUGGCUCGCGCCAGUCAGUCUACGCCGCUUGUGUUAUUGGUGGAGGAUCUACUAUUAACGGCAUGAUGCUAAAUCGUGGUGCUGCCGAUGACUAUGAUAAUUGGGAACGGCUGAAUAACAGCGGCUGGGGGUGGAACGGUCUACUUCCGUAUUUUGUCAGAAGCACCAUGUUCCAGGCACCUUCACCAACUCUUCAGGAGGAGUUCAAUAUUACGUGGAACGAGAGCGCUUAUGGAUUAGACGGUCCAAUUCAUAAAUUCAACAUCAAGGGCUUGUAG